UCUUCAUUAUCCAAUUUCACACACACGCAGAUUUCAUUUCAAUCAAUGGCGCGUACCAGCAAUGCUUCUUCAAAAUCGGUCAAUGCGACUCGAGCCCGAAAGCGAGUCGAAGCAGAUACCACUUCUACGACUUCCACUGUUCUUAAAAGAGCCAAAAACGGCAGCGCUUUCACUCGAUGUGAAUCGUGUAACAAGGAUGUAGCAGUGGCGUUAAUCAGUAUGCAUGAUUGUGGCCUUGAUGCUAAGAUCAAAAUGAAUCUAGAGACAUUGGCUGUUGAAAUGCCUGAACCAGUUGCUAAAAAGCCUACAGAAAAAAAGAAGACAGAACCAUCUGUGAAGAAAGCUGGCAAGAAAGAAAGAGAUCCAACCAAGCCUAAAAGGCCACCUACGGCCUUCUUUCUCUUCAUGGAUGAUUUUAGGAAAACAUUCAAGGAAGCAAACCCAGAUAACAAAAAAGUUGCAGUGGUUGCAAAAGAAGGUGGUGAGAAAUGGAAAGCUAUGACAGAUGAAGAAAAGAAGGUUUAUCAUGAUAAGGCUGCCGAAUUAAAGGAAAACUAUCAAAAGUCGGUUUUGGAGAAUCUGAAUGAUGCUGAAAAUGAAACUGAUAAGGCUCAGGCAGGAGAAUCGAAUGAAGUUGAAGACGAUAUUGAAGUUUCUCCACCGGAGAAUGAGGAAGUUGUUGCUGUUGCUGAUGAUGAGUAGAUUAUUUUGGAAUACCUUUAGUUUUAUUGAUGGUUCAAGUAUAAAAAAAACAUGUCCCUGGUUUAGAUUAUGUAGAAAGCAGUUUUUAUUUUUCUUCCCUACAUGCAUUUGGUCUUGAUUUCUAACCUACGCAGUAGUAUUGAAUGAGAUUUGAUGAUAUAGUCCUUCUCGUUAUCAACAAA